AUGGCUUUUCAAGCGCUGGAACAGUUGGAUGAGGUAGCCCAAGCAGGGAAGGAUGAAUCUUUUGAUCCGGGGAGCGCUGAGGCAAAUGGCACCUCAGAUGAGCAAACCAGCACUCCUGCCACACCUGUGCAGCCACAUGUGGAUCCGAUAAGUUCAGAUUCUGGAGAAGUUGCGCGUGAACAAAGUGGGUACCCUCUACCGUCAGUGGAUCAAUGUGCUACACCUGUGCGCAACGUCUCUGAGAGUUUGGCGAUGGGAUUGGUGCGGUCUUUCAAUGGUCAUGAUCGUGUACAACCCCCUGGUAGCAGCAGUCAAUCCACAUAUGAUCAUCCAUUCACCAGUGAGGACAUGUCAAGCGGCUUGAGUACACAAGCAGAUGGUGAGACCUUUGCCAAGAGACUGCUCGGAGGUAGAAAAUUCAAGCACAGCCUGGUCAAAAGGUACUGGACCCUGGCCAACGCGGCAUAUCGGCAUCCAAGCUGUGGCCAUGUGGAGCAGGACCAUGCCCUUUGGGAGGUCAUCGUGGACAGCCGUGCAACCAACACUCGAGUGAUCGGCCGUCGUGUCAGCGACACCUUAGAGCUAGGCUUCCGAGGGACCGUGACGGAAGAUGCCUCCGGGGUGCGGAGCUCUGCGAAUUGGAGUACCAACUUAGAAUAUCAAGCGGACCCACUGCAACUGUUGCCAGAGCAGAGCCAAGGCAAUGAAAUUUUGGUGCACCGAGGCUUUCAAAAUGCCUACUGUGCGGUCCGAAAAGAAAUCUUCGCCUGGCUACUGAAGCAGUGCCCGCCUGGUCAGCUGGUCUUGCACUUGAGUGGUCACUCCCUAGGUGCCGCCCUUACGACCCUGGCAGCUGUGGAGCUUCGCUCGAAGGGAUGGCGAGUUGACGCAGUAGUGACCUUUGGAAGUCCCAAAGUCGGGCAAAGCUCCUUUCGCACACUGUACGACAGGCUGGGAUUGACUGGAUGCACUGCUCGGUUUGUCAACGGACCAGAUCCGGUGCCCUUGGUUCCUCCAUCGUCCUGGGGGUUCGAACACGUGGUGGCAGAACAUGUGUACAACAUUCAAUCAGGCUGA